CUUUUCCUACACUCAUCACAAGAAAGAAAAAAGACAUACAUAUAUCAAUUCCUUUUGCAAAUUUCCCCUUGCAUAAUUCUAAAUCCUAAUAUCGAUUCAUUGCCAUCUCCUACGCCAAUCCAUACGAUCCAACUAUCUGAAAUGUCAGCCAAGAUCUUCGCAUUCGCAAGCAUUUUCGCCCUAGCUUCAGCGCUUCCAGCUGAGCCACGCGCAAACACAGAAUGCAGCAAAGGAACCUCAUUCUAUAGUUGCUUUGGCCAAAUUGGCUGCUUCGCAACAGACCCUUGCAUCAACGGACCCCCUACAGCAUCCUCGACCAAACCCCCAUGCACCACAACCACAAUAUCCACCACUCCUACCAUCUCCACCAGCAAUCCCACCGUGACACCAGCAGCACCGAAAACAAACGAAGCGACUCCACGGGCAUACAACAUCUUCAUACAACAAGAAGACGCGGAAGGCGACCUCACGGGUCACAUCGACCUCCGCAAAAACGCAGAGGGUGUCAUCACCACCAUCAACACCCUCGUCUUCGACAACCUCCCCGCCGACGCAAAGAACUGCAAGCUCAUGUGGCGCACCAACGCUACUUCCAUCCCUUCAAGAUUCAGGGGCAUCGGCGACGGACGCGCAUGGAUCCGUCAACUCACUGGUCACCCCGCAAUGGGCGAGAAGUGGGUCAACAAGGACUUGGAUCAGUACCGCGAUCCUGCAGCUGAUUACCCGGAGAAAAGUCAGUGGGAUUUCACGGAGCUGUUCAAGGCUCCUUUUGAGCAGGUGGAGAAGGCUAUGGCGGAUCAGCGCCCUGUUGAUGUUAGAUGUGGCGCCACGGUUGCGGUUGAGGUAAAGGGUAGUGAUCAGGGUGAGGGUGAGAACAUGGUGUUUAUCCAACAUGACCAGUAUCAUGGUAUUUACCUGGCUUAUGAGUCGUAG